GCGACUCAUCAGCGGGAUAAGCGCCUCUGCGAUUUCUUCUGACGCGGACUUGGUUUAUUCGAGAAGUUAUUCUGACCUAGUUUAUAUAUUGACCGACUGCUGUGUCUGAGAGGAGAAAGUGUUCAUGUUUGAGCCAAUUAACCGAAGCGAAAAGAGAAAAGACGACAAAAAGAAAACGACUGUGUUUAUUAUUUCGCUCAUGUGAAAACUGACGCGCGUGGAUCCGAUCUGCUUUGGCACUUUUGAACCUAUUUGGACAAAUGUAAGGAUUUGAACCACAGCCGUUGUCUCUGCGAGUGAGGAAGCGUCUGACCGUUCGAGAGCAGCAUGAUGAACGAGUCUCUCUCAGCGACGGAGACCACGAGAGCCGUCUGUGAUCUGGAGCUCAGGAGAGAAUAUGAUCUGCUGCCGGCCGUCACCUGCUCGCUCGGCUUCGCUCUGGGGCUCAUUUACUGUUUCUGCGGUUACCGCUGGUUUAAGACGGUGCUGUUUCUGUCGGGUCUGGCGUUGGGCUCCGCGGUCGGACAGCUGCUGUGUGUGCAGGAGCGUGUGCUGGACGGCCGGACGCGGGCGGGCGUCUCUCUGGGCGUGGGUCUGCUGGCGGCGCUGGUGGCCGUGCUGGUGCCCAGUGUUGGGCUCUUCUUCACUGGUCUUCAGCUGGGAGCACUGCUCUCCGGCGCCGCCCUGCUGCUGCUGGGACAGUAUUACCCCGUGUUCAGCGCCGCAUGGAUUCCUGUCGGCGUGCUCAUAGGAACCAGUGCUUUCUGUGCCGUCGUCACUCUGUGCUGGAGGAAGGCCAUGAUGAUCGCUGCCACGGCGGUGGGGGGGGCCGCGGUGGCCACGGCGUGUGUGGGGUACUGGGUGGAGAUCCCAGUGUGGGUGCUGCGGCCGUCUGCGGGUGUCCAGAGACUACAGGGCUUGUGCUGGUACAGCUGGGCCGUGAUUGGGAUUUGGCCUGUACUCGCAGCACUGGGAACGCUGGUCCAAAGCAGAAUCACAGCGCAUGCUGACGUGUGUGUGAGGCGUGAACAGAAGCAGCUGGAUCUGACGAGGAUCAGACAGACGUGUGACCGGAGACACACUGAGGGAACGUACCGCCGCAGACCACCGGUUCUCCAGCGCUACACGGGAGACGUGCUGGCCCCGAGUUAUCUGGCGGGUCUGCAGGAGCGGCAGACACACACGGGCUCGUCGCUGUGGAGCUUGACCUCCGUUCAUCACACCAUGAUCGACUUCGAUUCUGAGACGGGAUCUCUGGUGCCUCUCACAGCUUCAGCAUCAGCUCUUCUCAGACUGUGAUGGAAACACCAGAAAACACACCGGCGCACACUGAACGUCUGUCUGUGAGGACACAGUCCUACACACUCGCUUCACAAAUAGCUUCAGUCUUAUUCACAAGACACUUUGAUCAUAUUGAGAUAAGGAGAAACGUUUAUUAAAGCAGUGGAGCGUCUCACAGAAUGGGUUUUACGGCUGUAUAUGGACAUCGCACUCAUACAGGGCUUCUGCAGAUCUGAGAAAGGGUUCAAAAAGUCUUCAUUCAUUCUUCUAGAAAUUAAAGGGAGUGAGUAAAUGAUGACAGAAUUGACAUUUUUUGGGUGAACUAUCCCUUUAAGGCCUGAAAAGGUCUCAAAUCAGAGCAGAAAGACUUAGAUUGAUAAAGUUGUGGCAUUAAAUGUUGCAUGCUUUGCUACAAUUGAAUCUCUUUCUCAGUAUUCCUGUCUUGUUCUCCAGUUCAAAUAUCUUAACAUCAUAAAAUCAAGAUACUAUCAAGAUAAUUUACUGAAGAUUUUGUUUUCUGAGAAAUUGUACAAAACCAAGCAAAUUUGAUUAAAACAAGAACAAAAAUCUAUCAAUGGG